AUGGAAGGAAAAGCAUAUGUUGGAGGAAGAGGUGGUUUGGAAGAGUUGGAAGAUAUUAUUGUGAGGCCAUUUCAUAGAAUUAUGGAUUCAAAAGCAUUGGCGAAAUCAAAGAGAGCGCAUUCAUUACAUCACAGUAAGAAGCAUAAUCCUCAUCAGACAUCAAAAGCACCUUCAGUUAGCUCAGGUACAGCUAGUGGUGGAAAGAAGCAGCCUGGCAAGCAAGUUGCAGACAAACCCCAACAAUCUCAGAAUUUUAGGAAACUCCCGUCAAAUUGGGAUCGUUAUGAAGAAGAAUUUGAUUUGGAUUCAGAGGACACAGUCCAAGAGAGUAGUAGCCAGGCAACUGAUGUUAUGCGAAAGAGUAAAGGCGCUGAUUAUGCUUACCUACUUUCAGAGGCCAAGGCUGAGUCACAAGGAAAUUAUUCUUCCGAUAUCUUUUCUUCACUCAAUGAUGUCCUUGAUGACUUCACUCAGGGGUUAGGUCCAUUGCUUUCUGCCAGAGGGCAAGGCAUUAUGUCAUGGAUAGCAGUUGAUAACUUCAAGGUGGAAGACAAAGCAACUACCAGUUAUGAGGCACCAUUUCUAUCGCUAAAUCUGCAAACUCUUUCUGCACAACUUGCAAAAGCAAAGGUUUCAGAAAGGCUUUUCGCUGAACCAGAUUUACUGCCUCCAGAGCUGCUUGAUGAGUUACAAGAAUACAGCGGAGACAAACAUGAUGUCGGACAAAUUUCACACGAGACUCUUGCGGCUGAUGUGUCAUCCCUCAGUCGAGAGCCUGAAGAAAAUAUAUUCAAGGAACGAGAUUGUGCAUCUAUAUGUUCUGCUGCCACCAUCACCACAGAUCUUCCUGUUGCAACUGCUAUUGAUGUGAAUCACACUGACCAAAGAUCUUUACCCGAGUCCAUUUCAAAUGCCAAUGUGGACUUGGCUGCUAAGAAAUCAGCUAGAUUUGAAGCAGCUGAUGCAGAAGCAGAACUUGACAUGCUUCUUGACUCAUUUGGUGAAACCGAGUUUUUUGAUUCCUCAAGUGUGACGAAGAGAUCAAACACCUUAUCUUAUCUACAGCAAGAAGAUAUUUCUCAGUUGGGCCCUGCUGAAAGUUUGAACAAAGGACACGAUGCUGAGAAACAUUCCAAGAUGCCUGCCCUUAUGGACAACACUAUUGACAACCUACUUGAGGAAACAUCUGCUCUGAUAAACAUAAAUGAUAAAACGCUACCUCAUAAUGUAAAGGCUGCCCCCUCUUCCUUGGAUGCUGUUUCCAAAUCGAAACUAUUGGAUGAUUUUGAUUCUUGGUUAGAUACGAUUUAA